AUGGCAGACCGAAAGGUUCUGUCUGCUCAGCAGAUCUCGGAGCACAAAACGCCCGAAGACUGCUGGGUUGUGGUCGACAACCAGGUGUGGGACGUGACCGACUUCCUGGAAGAGCAUCCUGGAGGAUCCGCAAUUAUCCUGAAGCAUGCAGGGGGAGAUGCAACGAAAGCAUAUUCGGAAGUUCAUGCACCCAGCGUAAUGAAGAACAAUCUCGACCCAACGAAGUAUAAGGGCGUCCUCGAUGAGUCUACAAUUGAUGCCGAGUGGGCCAAACCACCCCCAGGGGAGAGUCCUAAGGUGGUACUGGAAAAUGAGAAGCCCCCGUUGCACACCCUGAUCAACUCGCAUGACUUCGAAGUCGUGGCUUCAAAAACCGCCAACAAGAAGACCUGGGCCUUCUACUCCAGCGCUGCUACAGAUUUGAUCACACGAAACGCCAACAAGUCGUGCUUCGACCGCAUAUGGUUCCGGCCACGAGUCUUGAGAAAUGUCCGUUCAGUAAAUGCUGGGACAAAUAUUCUCGGCGGGAGUUACAAGCUCCCGCUAUUCGUGAGCCCGGCAGCAAUGGCAAAGCUCAUCCACCCAGAUGGAGAGCGCGCCAUUGCUAGAGCGUGUGAAAGCAAAGGAAUCAUGCAAGGAAUUUCGAACAACUCAUCCUACACGAUGGAGGAGCUGCGCACGGCAGCGCCCAAGACCGAUUUCUUCUUCCAACUAUACGUCAACAGGGACCGAGAAAAGUCCGCCGACCUGCUACGUCAGUGUUCGGCGAAUCCGAACAUCAAAGCCAUUUUUGUUACCGUGGACGCCGCGUGGCCCGGCAAGCGCGAAGCCGACGAGCGCGUCAAGGCAGAUGAGAACUUAUCAGUGCCCAUGGCGCCGUCGAAGGUGCAGAACGACAAGAAAGGUGGUGGGCUUGGUCGUGUCAUGUCUGGAUUCAUUGAUCCUGGGCUGACAUGGGAGGAUUUGAAAUGGGUGAAACAACACACGCAUAAGCCGGUGUGUUUGAAAGGCGUAAUGUCAGCAGAUGAUGCGCUGCUCGCCAUGAAAGCAGGGCUCGAUGGCAUCUUGCUCAGCAAUCACGGCGGUCGCAAUCUGGAUACCAGUCCGCCGUCGAUUAUCACGCUCCUAGAGAUCCAUAGACGCUGCCCGGAGGUCUUUGAUCAUAUGGAAGUCUAUGUGGACAGUGGUAUUCGGCGUGGAACCGACAUCCUCAAGGCUGUGUGUCUGGGCGCAACGGCUGUGGGCAUGGGCCGAAGCAUGCUUUUCGCUACCAAUUACGGCCAGGAGGGAGUAGAGCAUCUGAUUGACAUUAUGCAAGAUGAACUGGAAACAUCCAUGCGGAAUAUUGGCAUCACAUCCCUGGCGGAGGCGUCCCCCGAUCUCGUGCACACUGGGGAUGUCGACCACCUGGUUCCAGCGUCCCGCUCGCACCCGUACGCUCGGGCCAUAGCUAAAGGGCGGCGACUGGAGUCGAAACUUUGA